UAAGAAGAAUAUUAUUAAUAAUAGAAAAAAAAGAUUGAAUGAGGAAGAAAGUCCUCCUUUGACCCAUCUUUAAGGCAGACACAUACUCUCCUUUAAAUACCCUCUGCCAUCUCUCUCUCUCCCCCUCAUGAUAACCGAAACAAAACUCAAACACAGUUUUCUUGAAGAACAGGAAGAAGAACAAGAAUCUGCACAGUGCCAACGUUGUUGUCGCAAUAUGUCUUGUUUCGUAGCAGUUCCUAAUUCCCCCGUGUUCUCUCUCUUCAACAACAACACCAACAACAAUAACUCUUCUUCCAUGACAGAACCUCUCAUGCUUUCUCUUCCCAUUCCCUCGACCACACCCUCUUGCUCCUCUCCUCCUUCCUCUCCCCUGUUGAAGCGAAGAAGACCUGCAAAACUCGACAUUCCCGUCGCUUCUCUCUCACUGACGCUCUCGACGGCGCCGGCGCCGUCUCCGGCGAUGGACUCGGUCAUCGAGGUCGACGGAAGCGGGUUUUCUGUGUUCUGCAGACGAGGAAGGAGGGCCCACAUGGAGGACCGUUACUCCGCUGCCGUUGAUCUUCGCGGUGAACCCAAGCAGGCUUUCUUCGGCAUAUUCGAUGGGCAUGGAGGCACAAAAGCUUCGGAAUUCGCUGCACAUAACUUGGAGAAGAAUGUGUUGGAUGAGGUGGUUAGGAGAGAUGAAAGUGACAUUGAGGAGGCAGUGAAACAUGGUUACCUCAACACAGAUUCUGAAUUCUUGAAGGAGGAUCUUCAUGGUGGCUCUUGCUGUGUGACAGCAUUGAUAUGGAAUGGCAACCUUGUUGUCUCUAACGUUGGGGAUUGUCGUGCUGUGAUUAGCAGAGGCGGGGUGGCAGAAGCCCUCACAUCUGAUCACAGGCCGUCAAGGGAAGAUGAAAGGGACAGAAUUGAAACUCAGGGUGGCUAUGUUGAUAUGUGCCGUGGUGUGUGGAGGAUCCAAGGGUCAUUGGCUGUUUCAAGGGGAAUUGGAGAUAGGAACCUGAAACAAUGGGUGAUAGCAGAACCUGAGACCAAAGUUCUUAAAAUUGAACCUCUGCAUGACUUGUUGAUCUUAGCUUCAGAUGGCUUAUGGGAAAAGGUUAGCAAUCAGGAAGCAGUGGAUAUUGCUGGUCCUUUUUGUGUAGGUAACAACAGACAACAACCUUUGCAGGCUUGUAAGAAGCUCGUAGAUUUAUCUGUGUCGCGAGGUUCUGUGGAUGAUAUAAGUGUUAUGAUCAUCAAGUUGCAAAACUAUGUUUGAAGAGUCUCAUUGCUACAAGAAGGUUUUGGGAGGGUACGAAGGACUCCACCCUAGUUAGUUCUUCAUUCUUAGCCUUCAACACUCAGAAGAUGAUGAAUGUGAUCAUUAAGGUUACAGGAAUGAAGUUGGUAACCUGAA